UAUAGCAAAGAGUGUGUGUGUGGGCGUGCAUGUAUGUGUGUGUGUGCUUCUGUGCUUGGAAGUGAAGCGUGCUGGAAGCAUUCCAACCUUCACGAGAUUGAGAGCCGGAAGGAAGGGAUUGGAACCGAUUGAUGGCAAUGUGAGUGGCGCCUGGCCAUGGCGGAUGCGUUCAAGGCGAGGUACAGCAGCGGAGCUCAGAUUCGGACAGGGAAAAUUCGGAGCGCUGCGGCGUGCGCUGCUGCGGCUGUGAUUGUAUCACGGCGCUUGAAGGUUCGAUCACAGAAAUGCACUGCGCGGAAAAUUCUGCUGGAGUUUCAGGAGGCCUGUUACACGCCUUUGGCGCGCCUGCGCCAGGUGGUGGAUGCUAUGGCGGUCGAGAUGCACGCUGGUCUUGUUUCGGAAGGUGGAAGCAAACUUAAGAUGCUUCCCACCUACAUUGAUCGCUUGCCUGACGGGCAUGAGAGGGGUCUAUACUAUGCUGUGGAUUUGGGUGGUACCAACUUCCGAGUACUCCGCGUUCAAUUGGGUGGACUGGAGGGUAGGGUGAUCAAACAAGAGUAUGAGGAAGUGGCUAUUCCUCCUGAGCUCAUGCUUGGAACAAGUGAACAGUUGUUUGAUUUCAUUGCCAAGGAGUUGGUGAGUUUUGUAGCAAGGGAAGGUCAGGACUUCAGAUUGCAUGCUGGUCAAAAUCGAGAAAUAGGAUUUACUUUUUCAUUCCCCGUGAAGCAAACUGCAGUGAACUCUGGCACUCUUCUGCAGUGGACUAAAGGGUUCAAAGUGAACGAUGCUGUUGGCGAGGAUGUAGUUGCAGCGCUUCAGAGGGGUAUUGAGCGAAGAGGGUACAAGAUGAGGAUUGCUGCUUUGGUCAACGAUACCGUAGGAACCCUAGCUGGCGGACGGUAUUGGAACAAUGACGUAAUGAUAGGUGUUAUCUUGGGUACUGGGACCAACGCCUGCUAUGUGGAGAGAGCUGAAGCUGUAUCGAAGUGGGCUGGCGACAUUCCAAAGUCCGGGGAGAUGGUUAUAAACAUGGAGUGGGGGAAUUUCUGGUCAUCUCACUUGCCUCGGACCUAUGUGGAUGAGUCAUUGGACAACGAGAGUUUGAAUCCAGGAGAAUAUGGUUUCGAGAAAAUGAUCUCUGGAAUGUAUUUGGGUGAUUGUGUGAGGCGCGUGCUUGUUAGAAUGGCACAAGAAGCCUGCAUUUUUGGCACCCCUGUCCCACACAAGCUUUUGGAAGCAUUUUCUCUUAUGACUCCAGACAUGUCGAAAAUGCAUCAUGAUGAUAGUUCUGAUUUAAAGGUGGUUGCUGAAGUUCUGAAAAGAGUUUACGGGAUCCAGAACACUACAGUAGGAAUCCGCAAAAUCGUUGUUGCAGUUUGUGAUACGGUGUGCCAGCGAGGGGCAAGACUAGCUGCUGCUGGCAUUGUGGGAAUAUUGAAGAAAAUUGGAAGAGAUGGAAGUGCGGCAAAUGGUGUUAUUAAGCGGAAUACCUUCGAACAGAGUGAUAUGAAUGGUUUUCAUGACGAAGUUCCUGUGCAUUACACAUCGGGCGGCAGAACUGUUGUGGCUAUGGACGGUGGUUUGUAUGAACACUACACCAAGUUUCGAAACUACAUGCAAGAAGCUGUGGUCGAGCUCCUAGGAGAAGGAUCUAAGAACGUCGUCAUUGAGCUUUCUAAAGACGGAUCAGGCAUUGGAGCAGCUCUUCUUGCUGCAUCACAUGCAGAGUACGUCAUUUCCUGAUAAUGAUGAGAAAAACUACAUUGUCUUAUGAAACCUGAGGCUUUGUUGAUUAGAAAUUCUUAGUUCUGAUCGUGAGGGCUGUGUACUUGACUAAUGCAUCAAGGAUGUACGAGUUUGCUUCUUUUGAAGCACAUGGUUUGUUGGCUCGUCAUUUCUCCUGUAUAAAGUCUCUUCAGUCUUCAUCAUUAGUUAUCCUCAUAGUUUCGAGAGUCACUCAGGACGUUACAUUUCUUGGUAACAAAUUAGGUUUUAUUUGAGUACUUUGGAGCAAGUACUCAAGCGAUUUUCUUCUGUACAUCGUCUUGAAACAAAGGUCACUUCUUAAGUCUGGUCCAGCAUAGAGCGGAAUAGUUCUGUACUAAUCAACCUCUGGUACCCAAGGGUUGGAGGCAAUGCUUUUCAGCAUAAAAUGUUUGCAGUCUUCUACUGCGACUGUUCAAUUCUAAACUUCUGUUUUGGAAGGUCCAUCA